CUCAGCUCCCAGUGUCUAAUUCCAGAAUACGGCCGCCGCUCACAGUGCCACCGACAGGGAGGCGGGCGGUCCCUGGACACAGGUCCCGUAGACUAGUGUACCCUUUCUCCAGCAAUCUCGCGAGCUGCAUAACCGCCCGACUACUGGCUACUGGCUGGGCUGCUGCUGCUUGCUCCUUCCCUCUUUGUCCACUCUCCCAUCGCCUGCUGUGAAGUGAAACGUGCAUGAUUGGCCCCGUCCCAGCCCGGCACCACAGCCAAUCGCCCACAACCACGACGCCGACGACAGGCACGCGAGCACUCCCCCGACGCAGGUACACGCCUUGCCGUGGACGCAGACGAGCAUCGCCGACAGCACUGUAGCUCGCCAGACACGAUGGUUGACGCGCAAGACGCAGGCGGCAAGCUGGCCUCCAAGAGCCGCUGGCGGGCCAAGAUCUUCUCACACGACGACACGGCGCCCAAGGAGCCCAAGCCGCAACGCGCCGGCACCUUCCAGCUCAACGACGACGUCAACGACUUCCUCAAGCCCUCGACGGACCGCGCCCAGCAGCAGCAGCAGCAAGCCGCCGCCGCCUUCCUGGCCACCACCACCCGCCCCCGCAUCGACAUCACCCGCGCCCAGCGAUGGCCCGGCGCCCAGCAGAUCCUCAAGGCCGCCGCCGCGAGCGCGCGCAGCCCGGGCCCCGGCGGCCUGAAGACGGGCUCGCGCAACAAGGGCCUCUCGGUGAGCUUUGUGCGCACCCUGCCACAGGUCAUUGGCCACGGCGGCGACGAGUGCGAGGACCCCGUCGACACCAUUGCCCAGCUCAAGAAGGCCGCGAGCAGGGCGCCGCCCGCAGACCCCGCCCAGGUGCGCCAGUCGCAGGACGAUGCGGGCCUCGGCGCUCGCAGCCAGGACAUCGGCAGGUCCGACUCGCAGACGGCCCAGCGGAAUAACGUGACCCGCACGCUGUCGUCGCCCGGUGAGAUGUCGCCGCCGCUCAAGAAGAAGCUCGACAUGGGCCAGAUCAACACAAUCGCGAACCAGAACCCCGCCCCCUCACACCCGCCCCGCAUGGGCUCCAUGGGGCUGGGCGGACGUCCAAAGCCCGUCGAGAGAGCGCCGACGGGCCUGGACGUGCUCCUGGACUCAGAAGGCAGGCAGCCCAGCAUCGACUCGGCCCACUCUCAGGAGUCAGAGAACCUGUCUCCUGUGGCGUCCAGGACAGCGCCAGUCGUGCCACCCACCGUCGAGGACGACGACGACUUCAGGCCACCCCUCCUCAAGCGGACGCAGACUGGAUUCAACGAGCCGGCAGACAAUGCGACCAGCGAGCCUGUGCCUACAGUCCCGGCCAUACAGCGACUGCCCUCGCUGAGAAUGACCGACGACGACUCCCCGCUGGACGGAAAAGCCAUGUUGGCAGAACGCUUCCUACAACGCGAACCCUCCGACGCAGGCUCGCUACACAGUAUCAAGCAGCGGAUGAGACAGGACGAGGGGAGAGCAUUGCACGAGGCGGCACAACGGGCCCCGUCAGAUUCGCAUUCGGUGUCAGAUACAAGCUCCACGCGAGAACACGACCCAUUCCAGGUUGGCACUCCCCCGUCGUCCUACAAUACGCCCCUGGCUGGACGAACCCCACCAAGAGCACAUCCCAUGUCGCCGUCCGCGCCGCCGAGAUCACCCAUGGCUGGCUUACAGGCUGAUGACUCUCAGCGGUCAAGAGCGCGGGGUCCAUCACCAGCCCGAAGUCCCAUGCCUGCAGGCGCCUUGCCACUCGAUACCGACACACGGCCCAUGUCGUCGGGAUCUUCUCAGUUUUCUUCGCCCUCUGUAGCUCGGACACCAUCCUCCAUGCGCUCAGACCCUUUUUCUGCCUCCACUAUAACAUCGAUUCAGCAGACUCCCAUCGUCAUGGAGAAGGCUCCUUUCUCGGCCGCCAGCCAAAAGUCUAUUCUGCCCACGCCGCCCCAGUUCGAGCAGACUCCUUCAUACUUUCCACCCGCCCAAGCGAAGCCACCAUCUCCACCGCACACGCAAGAGUACAAGGCCUACACUGCUCCGCCGACUAACCAGACUCCUGUACGACCGAGACCAGAGCUCAACACAAGGCCGACAGGAGGACUUGCUCGCUCAAACACAAAGGUGCAGGGUGACGGUGCAUAUAGAGACUUUGCUGAGCGCAUCACACACAUGCAAGGAAUAUUUCAACUAACUGCUCAGCUUGGGGGUCAAAUAUACGACCGCUCACUAACACAGUGGCUGCGAGUCACGACCUGGUGGUUCCUCAAAGGCCGCGCUGGGAUGGAGGCGAUGAUAAGAAAUCGGCCAAAGACCGCGGAACCUCAGCCAGAACGUCUGACACAACCACAUGUUGAUUUGGCAAAGGUCUGGUGGAUACUUGCUGAGAUCCUUCCCAACCAUCCAGGCUUGCGGAAGUAUGAUGGCCCGCCGGACGCACAAGCAGACCUGGCGAAACAAGCGGGAGACAAUGCAAGUGCGGAAGCAUACGAACUCCAAAAGGCUAUACUCCAUUAUAUGAAGUUGUUGGUGGGGUCCAUGCAAAAACACCAGAGCAUGCCUCCGACUCAGGCUCUGAUCCAAGGUCAGGAUCAGUCAAUCUGGGAAGAGUACCCGCAGUUUGCUCCAGACGCUGCGAGCGUGCUCCUCGCAGGAUCCAAUCCAGCUCUUGUCAAUGGCAGGUUACAGUCACAACUGAGCUUGUCACAUUGUGUUCCUCUCGCGGACACACUCAAAGACUUUUGUUACUUCAGGAUGUUCGCCAAAGCUUCGGUAGCGACCGAUGACCCCAACACAGACCGCGUCCCCAUGGCCACCGUCGUCUCGAUUAUGCGCCCGAAAGAAAGCUAUCAAAUCAAGCUUGCCAUCUGCAGCCAAAGCGAGCUCAUCAAUAUCGUUCUCGGGGCUGAUGCAGGUACAGGACCGGGCUGGAAAGAUGUCAAUUGGAAAAAACCAUCGCGACAAUUGUGUGUUCAGCUGCGUCAUGGCUACAUUCUUACAUUGGAGUUCAACGAGAAUGAUUUCCGCAGUCUGUGGGCUGUCGUAGAGCACACCAACCGUGUGGAGAUGAACCAGCGAGAACGGAAUGACGAGCGUUUUGCUUGCAAGCUGUAUCUGCGGGAGGCGAGCUACAAAGACCCAGCUAACCCGGGAGCUUUCCCUCCAGAACGCGUGCCAGGGUGUAAACUCAUGGUCUUUGAAAGAUUCGAGCUCAGCAGUGAUGGCACCGGUCGGAGGAAGCUGCACAGAGGCUACAGGAUGGUUCUGGUCACGGCCGUCAAGAACAAACAGCUCAGCUUUGUCAACCACGAGCUGGGAACCAAGCAGGAGCCGAUGAACUUCGAAUAUGUCACUGAGCCUGACCAAGCGCCGGCGAUGCGCUUACAUUUCCGCGAAGAGACGCCAGAUAAGAAGCACCGGAUUUGUACGGUGCAUAUGGUGUUUCAAGAAGCAAAGGACCGUAACCACCUCUUCGGUACUUUUACGUCGAUGAACAUCGCAGAGGGCGAGAUGACGUUCGCUCAGGUCCCGCUGAAGGCUUUCCAUAUCGAGAGUGCAGAUCAAGCCGAGGGAUUCAUCCAGAGCAGCAGCCGCGUUCUCGAGAGACUGCAGUGGCAGGAAGCGAAGAUCGUAAACUCGGACCCUGAAGCGGCUGGACUGGAGGCCGCGCCAACGGUUAUGAGCGAAAGCUUGAGGAUCGUCUGCAGGCAUAGUGCUGGUAUCAUCUCGGAUCGCUUGAACUUGGGCCCCGGAGAACUCCUCGUCCGCCUCCCAACCGAUGGCUCACCGGAACUCACGCUCCUCCGCAACGCCCAGCGCGACAUGGCCGUCGCCGUCGACGGCAGCCGAACAGACCGCGAAGUCCCCGCCGCUCUAGCCGAGCUCCUAAAGACCCUAACCAGCGCGUCGACAAUCCGGCGUCUAGCUUUCAACUCGUUCAAAGACCUGCACGCCUUCCAGCUCGCCGUAACAGGCUUCGAAGUCAAAUUCGACGGCAUCGCAGCAACCUUCUCCAUCUCCCGCCGCCGCAUGGUAGUCCCCAUCUACAAGCAAUGGACCGCCUCAACCAUCCGCAUCCAAAUCGUAGAACAAGACAAUAUCCUCCAACUCCUCGCCUUCUUCGACGACUUCUCCCACGCUGAUGCGAUGAACUUCCAACUCCGCAGUAUGGACGUUUUUGAGAAAACGGAUAAAGGUGGGAAAUUCGGCCUUAGGCUUGUGGAUGCGAAGUUUGCGCUUCCCGUCGAGGAGAGAAGGGGAGAGGGCAAGAUGCAGAAAGCUGAGGGGAAGAGGGUGGGCUGGACGGGGGUUAAGAGACGGUUUGUUUGUCUGGAUGAGAUUGAGUAUCCGGGGGAACAUGAUGAUGUGCUGCUUAUGUUUGAGAGUGCUGAGACGAGAGAUCAUUUCGCGGCUGCGCUGCCGGCGGCGACUAUGGAGCGCAAGUUCACUGUUAGGCGGAAGAUAUAGGUCGUCCGUGGUGAUGGGUAUACGUUGUGCUCCUGAGCGGGGAGCCUGUUUUUUUCCUUUUGUUUCCCCGGCGUUUUUCGUUGUUCGUCGACGGUUACGUCGGUCUGUUUGUAUCUCGCUCUAAGGAGCUGGGAUGUUUUUACAAUAUGGCGUUUUUGUGUGUUGGGACUGGGAUUGGGAUUGGUUUCCUUGACUUGGAUCGGGAUUGGUAUGGAAUUGGGUGUUCACUAGGUAUACACAGUGUGGUAUAGGUAUGCCAACUGGCUAGCUAGCUAGUUGGACAAAGAUGAGAUGGGGAGACAGAGAAGAAUCUGGGAAUAUGAAAAAGAUUACACCACACCAUUUAUCCCACUUCUACGCUAU